AAGUGUCGAAUUUCGGUUCUAACUAACCGCCAAAAAAAAAUUUGUUCGAGUUUCCGCAAAUAUAACCUUUUGCUCCUUUCGAUUCAAAAUCUCCGCCCCAAGAAAACUCACUUCAUGCUCAGCCGAGCAGACACUGGAGAAUACAUUCUUAGAUCAAAUUCUCUUGAUGUUUCCCUGCCCAAAGCUUAUAUUCCCACGUUUAAUGGCAUUUAUUGGGCUCAUUUGGAUGGUACACUCAGACAAUUCGGCAACAACCAAUAAUAACACAAUUCUCGGCAACCAAUCACUGGAGGCAAUACCCGAACAGUUGAGUGAACUCACUGGAAUUACGGUGGAGGAGUCCGAGAGGAUUAUGGAAUCUUGGCUUGGGAAUCGCCAACUGGAUCUUCGAACAUCUGUACUGUUCGAUCAAGAAGUACUCUCCCGACUACGUUCUCUCCGUGUCGCGCUUCUCGUCGUCGAUUUCCAGAAUGAUUUCGUCGAUGGAUCCCUCAAAAUCGGAGAUGGCGACGCUGGACAGGAGCCAAGCUCAGCGAUUACACCACUCAACGAGCUGCUUCAGCUGUCGUCCUGGGAUUUGGUGGUCUAUACGAAGGACUGGCAUCCACACAAUCACAUUUCAUUUUUGAGUCAGGCACAUAAUUCGGAUAGGGUUAUGGAUGAGAAGGAUGAGAAUAAAACUUUGGGAUUCUUUGAUUCUGUGCAAUUUUUGAAACCAAUCAAGACAGAACAAGUUUUAUAUCCGGAUCAUUGUAUUCAGAAGAGCUGGGGAUCGGAUAUUCAUCCGGAAAUCUACAUUGCGGACAACGCAGAGUAUAUUAUGAAGGGAGUCGACCCAUAUCUGGAUUCCUACAGCGCUUUCAACGAUAAUAACGGGCGGUCCAAGACAGAGCUUGAAGAUUUGCUGCGUCGCGAGAAUAUUGACGCAGUUGUGAUCGCCGGACUCGCCUACGAUAUUUGCGUUCGGUUUACUUGCCUGGACGCUGUGAAGCAGAACUUCCUUGCCGCCGUGAUCCCGGAAUGCAGCGCUGGACUAACGAAGAAGGGAAUCGAGGAGUCUGAGAUGGCUUUCAAAAAGCAAGGCGUUGCGAUGAUCUCAAAAGACGAGGCACGUGGAAUCACGGAAGGCGGUUUUCUGCCGAGAGAAUGGGUUCAAAGGAUCGUGAAGAAGUAGAAGUAAUAAUAAAAUAUUGUGCAUAAUUUUGUAAUUCUUUUAAAAAUAUUUAAAUAAACGUUUUUUUUUCUU